AUGACUACCAACUGUAUCACUGUGAAUCCUAAAACGCGUACAGGUAACAACCAGGCCAUGUUCACCCGUGAGACAGCUCAGAUAAUCACUCAUCUGUAUACACAGACAGAUUGCACUGUCAAUGAUGUGACUUUCAAACACAACGAGAGAUGGAAUAAAAGUUCGGACAACUGUCAGACGUGUAUCUGUAAGGAUGGCAGUAUAUCCUGCGAACGACUGCGCUGUCCGUCAGAAAAGGAAUUGACGUGCGCUGAACCAAAACUUAAGAGUGCUCUCGCCUGCUGUAGGACAUGCGACACCAAGGACAAGAAAAAGAAACUGAAAAAAGUCUGCUUUAAAGACAUACGCAAGACCCACAGGAGUAAAACCAAACGGAAGCGAGGUCAACGACGGGGACGCUCAAAGAGAGAUUUGUACCAAGAUGCCAUUGGCCACAAGCAUCGCCAUCACCAUGGUGAGUCGACAAUCACCACGAUGCCGCCCGUACUGAAGAACCAUCCGGUGUACAACCGUACAAGGAUCCCUAGGUUUUUACGUCACAUGUGUAUUCCUAAAAGGGCCGACCACCUGAUUUACAGACAUAUUGAAGGGAAGGAGCUAUUUGUGGCUUUCGACAACGCCAAGAAAGACGAGGUGGAGUUGUGGAAAUGGCAAAUUGGGAAGACCGCAUGCGAAAGCCUGAGCAAUCCGGAAAAUGAGCCUCGUUGUAGAGAGGGAUCCCAAGAUAUCCACCUUAACAUGUCUGCCUUUCGGAUCUUCAUUUACAAAGAUACCAAGGUGUUCCGAAAGCAAAUGACGAAGACUAUGGUACUCGGAGCAGCCACUAAAAAACAAGUGGACAAUUUCAAAGACAAAUUGCUGAAGACGAUGGAUUGUAGAAGGAAAAAACGGAGAUGUCUGAAGGAAGGGAUGAGUGCGGAGUUGUGUGAGGAAAUAGAAUGUACUCAUCGUGUCGUUAUGAUAAUGCGGGCGUUAUCCAAAGAUAUUAAGCUUUUCUCCGUCAACUUUGACUGUGCUAAAUGUAAUAGAGCGAAGCGUCCAAGCAUUCCAGAGAAUCCCCCUGGUAUUCGGUAAAUACCACAGGGACCCAUUAUCUCCGUCCGUUCCAUAUUAAAAACUAUGAAAGACCGUACAGAAAUAUAUUCAAUGAAUUUGGGAAUAUCAAUCACGACCAGUCUUCUAAGGUUAUGUAAUUUGCGAGUUAUGGAGGCCACGUCAUAAAAAAUGUCACCAAUUACACAAACUUUUAUUUUUUUACUGAGAGGAAAAAUUUUGUAGAAAGAAUGUGUAGCAUAUAUACAGUUGUGUGAUCGCACAACGUUCCAAAAACAUCGUGCGCACACCGUGCAGACAUCGUGCCACAAAUGUGCGAUGUGCGAUACAAACCACACAGCUUACGAUAGGGUUAUAAAUAUUACAGAAUAACUAGUUAUACGAAAAGAUAUACGAAAAAAUUAAAAUUAUGAUAUAAGAUGGUCGCUUUUAUAUAUACGUGCUGCAUAACAAUUGUUUUCAUUCAUGGAACAUGUAUGACCUGUUAAUUUUUGCCAUUUAAGUACCGUCAUUUUGUCUCGCAAGUAUUCGUGAUGUUUUCGACGGCCUGGUGAUACAUCUACAUGAAUGGUAGAUGAACAUCACUACGAUUAUUUAUCUUAUUUAAUACUUAAAUUACAUAUAUUAUGUAUUUUUAAACACAACAGAAAUGUUUCUAUUCAUAAAAAGUCGUUGUAUCUGUUGUUUAGUUCUACAUGUAUUUAUUAGCCUGUAUAUAAACUCGCUGAAUGCACAUUUUUUUGGGUAAAUCGUCGUACCGUUCUUCGACUCGCCAAGGCCUAGUGGUGUCCUCGACGACGUACGAGCAAAUUAUAUAAAGUUCUUUAAUAAUCAUUUAGAUUACUUAUUUAACUAUACAUCGGUUUUUAGUUUCAUUCCUAAUAAUUAUUGCAUAUAUUUCACCAAAAAUAUGGUAAUUAGCUGCCUCGUAAAAUGUUAAUCUUUGUAUAUAUUUUACAAUCGUCCAACACGUUUAACGUUUAAAUAAUUAGAUGACGCGUUCCUCAUUUAUAUCGACCACGAUACAUCUUCUUCUUUAAUGAUGGAACCUCCGUCAAAAAUGAAGAUUUCGGUCCCAGGAUCGUUGGAUGCUUUUUAAAAGAAAUAAAAAAGUGCGAGGAUUUGGGUACAGUGAGAGGUUUUUUUUAAAUUUUUUUUUUUUAGUAGAAACUAUAAGAUAAAAACAUUAUGAGGGUGUGUUUACGGUGUGUAUUUGAGAUCAUCAAGGGCUGCAUUAUAUUGUGUACAUGUGCCUUGAAGAUCUCUAGUGUAGUGCAUUGUACUGCUGCCACCGGGAGGAGGUUCCAUUGUGUUAUAUCGCACAUGUACCGUUAACGUUCCAAUCGCCCAUCGUGCACACAUUUUCCUGCACGAUCCGUAUCGUACAUAUCGCACAUCGCACAUCGUGGAACGUUGUGCGAUCACAUAGCUGUAUCUUUGUUACAAUGACUUUUUAAAAACUAUACUUUAACUUCAAGCUUUUAGCAUUAUAUGAAGUUCGAUUUGCACCCUGCAAUGGUUUUAAAUUGUUUUAUAAACUGUUAUAAAAUUCCAUUUUUAUUACGAAUUCUAGUACUUCAUUACCUGAUGAUUUUUUAUGUAACGUAUACUUUUUUUCUGUUUUUUAUAAAAUCAAAUUUUAUUUCAUGUGCGAUAAAUAAUACAAGUUUUAAUGAAAUGACCAACUGUUUGAAAAUGUAUGUGCAAUCAUGUAUCAUUCCGUGGUGAACGUCAUCACUAUUAGUGCAGAAUGUCAUAAUUGAGUGUACAGUAUAAAACGUCAUCACUCUUAGUGCAGAAUGUCAUUUUAAGGAUAAAACAUCACCACUGAGUGCAAUACAUUUGCAAUGAGUUUAAAAUACAAUCACUCCGAGUGAAAUACUUUCAAUUAGCACUAUUUUGGAAUGCAGAUUACGUGUACUUCUAUUUUUUGGCGACUGUUACCGCAGGUUAGAUUUGUAGUAAUGGGGCAGCUUUUAUAAAUAAAUAAUUCAUAUUUUUUGUCUGUUGAUAUUAAAACACCAGCAAAUUAAUUGAAUAUUUAAUGUAGAUUUGUUUACUUGUUUUCAAUAAAAUCAUUUUGUUAUCAUUGUUACAUUGUAAUAAAACAUCAUCCGACGUCGUCAU